GUCAAUUUCUUGACAAUGAAAAAACGUGUGAUAUGAACUGGUGAUAUUGCUCUUUAUUUAGCUAUAAACAUACUUGACUUCCGGAAGUCUGUAGGCUAUCAUUUGUUUUUCCGUUUUGGCUGUCAUGGCGGCGCCCUGAGUGCAGCAGCUCUACAGAAAUCCCAACACCUUUGCAUCAAGAGACAAACAAAACAGCGGGCUGCAGUCAUGACGUUCAAAGAUAUGAUGAAGUGGAACACAAGAGUGUCUGCAGCGUACGCUGUCGGCAUCUGGACCCUGAUAGGUUCAUACGCGUUCUUCAGAUACACGGGUCGUUUUGAGGACACGCCAGGUGAGGGAGUGAAAAAAGAAGAAGCGGCGCAAGAGCUAGAAAUUCCAAAUGAAGUAGUUUACCAGACUGCUCACACCAAAACUCUCAUCACCUACAAGAAGGAUUUUGUCCCGUACAGCACAAGGAUCUACAAUUUCAUCAAAUCCUUCAGUAGUGAACCAGGAAGUGGAGACGGUGGACAGUAGCUGCACCAGUGCAAAGGACAAAGGACAUAAAGAUUUGCUCGUGUGGACUAUGAAUUUAUGUGUGAGAACAUGAAAUUCCAGUGUGCUAUCACCUGUCCAGGUCUGAGGGAGCUGCCGUUGUGUUUGGACGCUAAUGGACUAACAAAAAUAUUGUCAACUGUCAAAAGUAGUCAUCAUAAUUCCUGUCAUCUUCAUCUGCAUCAUUGUCCACAAUAUAAAGAUGCCACAACUACUGUGUAUCUUUAAAUAAACUCUUGUUUUAACAUAC